CUGUGGUUGUCAUUCAUGUCAUAACUACCAACUACCACUUCUUACCAAUAGUAAAAGUUACCCUUUGAUAGAGAGGAUCUGUGAACACUUUUCGUCGACGCCUGAGCCAUUGCUUUCGCCUGAGAAGUGGAUUGUUGUUUUUUUAAGGUAAAUAAUUUAAACAAUAAUAAAAUCAGGCUACUUUUUAGUACCACAAAGUGACAAAGUUUCACUCCGAAUUCUAAACAAAAAAUUUAUAGUAUAGUAGGCUAAACUAUUAAAUAAAAUUAUGCAAAUAAAAUAAAGGCUAAUUGGGUAAUAGGUAAAAGUGCAGUUCAGGUGCGUAUAUUAUUUCUUAGCGCAUUUCGUAUUUUCAAAAUUUUUUAUCAUGUAAACUUACGUGUAUUCUUUAAUAAUUUAAUACUAAUACAGGAAUAUAAUACAGGCAGUUAUAGUUAUAGUCAUAGUUAACUAAUUCUGGAUUAUAAAUCGCAUCUUUUCUUUAUAUUUUACUUCUAAAGAGUCUUUAAACAUCCCCCAACUAAAGUGACACAGCCCCCAUUUGUUUGUAUUUUUCUUUUUACGCUAUGCCAGAUUUUUAGCCACCUAUAUGUUAGUAUGCUAAACGAAAUUUUCAAACUAAGCAUGUUCACAAAAAAGAAUGAAAUACUAGAUUCUUCAUUACGCACAAGCGCCCCCCCCCCCCCCCCCCACCUUUUUUUUUUUUUCCCCCCCUCCAGAGCGCCUGAAAUUUGGGGUUUUUUUUUUAAGGGCGGGGGGGGGGGGGGGGGGGGGAUCACUGACUAAGCAGUGGACACACACGUCAUCAUUGUCCUAGACCUGGUGUGAAGCUGAUCACCCUGAAGGCUGCUAAUACGCUGUCCGUGAUUGGUCAGCUCUAAUUUGAGCAUCCCUCCUCUUUUUUUGUAUGCAAAUGCGCUUAUUACUGGUGACUGAUUUGCGCUGAGUAAAGUGAGGGCUAGUGAUUAUUUUUUUAUAUUAUAAGUAUAAGACGGACUCGUUUUGGCUUUGCGGUAUUGCUGGUUGUAGGAUCAUUUUGUUUAAAAUUGCAGGACGACCAAGAAACAAUAACUAAAAUUGUUGAUGCAACAGGCAUUUUUAAAGGUGCAGUAUUUGGUUUAUACGUGCACCUUGUGGGGCAACAAAUAACGUUAAUACAACUGGAAUUUCUCCUAAGGCGCUCGUAACAAUUGCAAUGUGGCUUGUAAGCUGGGUUUGUAUAUGGGCAACUUUUAUAAAGUAUCUUUAAAGACAGAAGAGUUAUCCUUGAUUUACCACAAAAUACAAAAGAUUCAUAAAAAUGUACUUUUUUUAUCUCGUAAAAUUUGUUAAAUUGUUGUUGUAUUCUAAUAAAAAGAUGGUAUAUAACUUUUAAAAUACUUUUUAUAAAGAAUUAACAUAAGUUUACACAGGAAAAUAAGAGAUUCAAACAGAAAUAAUAUACGCACCUGAACUGCACUUUUACCGGCUAAUUGCUAAUGGGAAUCUUAUAGAAACUGGAAUCAUGUGUCUAGUACCGUUUUGGGCUCAUUUUUUGUAAACUUUAAACAUUCAAGUACUUUUUUAAGUACUAUAAGUUAUAAGUCUAAGUAAGUUACUGGACUGUAGCACCUCCAUAUUUCUCACUCAGACUCCGACUGUUUUUUUAAAUUUUUUUUAUUCAAUAAUGUCUCUUGUGUGAGCAGUUUGCUGUUAGUGUUGCUAGUACAAGAAUGAAGCCCAUGCCGAAGUGUUUCUGGAGUUCUGCCAUCUUUCUUAUUUAUUACAAUUAACAAGUACAAAGAAUCUAAAGUUUAAGUUUAAUAAUAACUUAAAUUCAAAAUGUUAAAAUUACUAAGACUUAGAUCUAGUCUAGAUUUAAAAUUAAAAUGAAAUAGCAUUAAAUUUUAAGUAUUAGACCAAGACUAUAGAUGCAUAAUUUUCAUAUUUUAAUUAAAUAUGAAAAAAUUUAAAAACAAAAAAGCAUGUAGGCCUAGGCCUUGGACUUAUUAUUUUGAUACUGAACGCCUCAAUGCACAUCUGGAGCUAGGUCUCCUACCCGAAAGUCAAUGCAGUUUCCGCAAAAAGCGCGAAACUAUCGAUACAGUGUUUGCUGCUAGACAGCUUCAAGAGAAAUGCCUGGAACAAAUAAAAGACCUAUAUUCUACAUUUAUCGACCUGAAUACGGCCUUUGACAGGGUCAAUAGAGGUGGCCUGUGGAAAAUCAUGAAGAAAUACGGGUGCCCAGACAAGUUCACCAUCAUCCGUCAGCUGUAUGAUGGCCCGAGUGCAGGACAACGGUCAAUCAUCUCAAGCAUUCCCCGUCACCAACGGUAUAAAGCAGGGUUGUGUUCUUGCUCCCACACUCUUCAGUAUUAUGUAUUCCGCAAUGCUGUCUGAUGCGCUUAAGGACUCCACCAAGAGCUUGCCAAUCCGGUUUCGUACUGAUGGAUCAAUAUUUAACCUUAGGAGGCUUCAAGCUAAAACCAAGGUCAAACAUACCACGAUCAACAAGCUUCUGUUAGCAGACGAUUGUGCCCUCAACGCUCCAUCAGAAGCCGUCAUGCAACACAGCGUUGAUAUCUUCUUUGAGGCCUGCAAUAACUUUGGCCUCACAAUCAACACAAAGAAGACUGAGGUAAUGUAUCAGCCAGCUCCCAGUAAGCCCUACGUUGAACCCAACAUCAUCAUCAGUGGACAGCGUCUCAACCCGGUGGAUAAAUUUACUUACUUGGGCAGCACCCUCUCUAGAUCUGUCGUCAUGGAUGAUGAAAUGAAUGGCAGACUCGCAAAAGCUAGUGCCCUAUUUGGCAGGCUCCGCAGAACUGUUUGGGACAGGAGAGGUAUCAUACGAGAAACAAAGAUCAAGGUCUAUAGCGCAGCAGUCCUCCCGACACUGCUCUAUAGAUGUGAAACGUGGACAGUCUACCAGCGUCAAGCCAAGAAACGGAAUCAUUUUCACACUACCUGCCUCAGGAAACUCCUUGACAUCAGGUGGCAAGACAAAGUCUCCGACACUGAGGUCCUCGCUAGAGCGAACAUGCCUAGUAUCUUCACCACUCUGAUGCAGUCUCAGCUCCGUUUACACAUUUAUUAAGAGAGGAAAAAACUAUUUAUUUAGAAUAUUUGAAAGUUAUUACAAGCUGAAUCGAGUGUUGAGCAUAAAGAAAUUAAAGUCUCUAAUAUAUACAUUAUUUUUUUAUGAAUUUAAAACAGACAAAGCUAAUUAAAAACAAGCAUAUUAAUAAUAGCAAUGUUAUUUAAGCUAAAAUGCUAUUUCUUUUAUAUUUGGAAUUUAGGCAUUAGGAUUGCUGCUAUGUUAAGAAAACGUAUGAAUAGGCUUAUAACUACUUCUUUAAAAAAAAUAUGGUCAACCAAGUUAUGCAACCCAAUUUUAUGUCAUUAUCUUGUCAAAGGUUUCAAAGCCUUAAAAAUGGCAACUGUGGAUGAAACCUCUGCCACCUAUGUCAAAGUUAAAUUGGACUUUCUUGAGAAACAAUGUGAACAGUUACAAGGCACUGUAGAUGAUUACAUCAAAGAGGUAAGAUUCCAUCAAUGCAGUUUUUUAAAUUUUGGGAAAAUAAAACAUUUUAAAUGUCAUUGCUCUGGAUCAUUGAAAUAUUUCAUUUUUCUGAGAGUAAGAUUUUAAUUUUAGAAUUUCAUAACUAUAUAAUUAUAUUACAUAUCCAUCAUGGAAAUCUCAUGUUUUUGAGUGUCAAUGUUUAAACGCAUCUAAUCAACUUUUAUGGUAUCCUUAUAUUUUUUUAGGUCAUUACUGUAUGCAAAGAAUGGGUGAACAUGGAUGAAAGGAGCAUAGCCAGCUUUCAGAAAAUAAGUUCGAUUCUAGAAGAGACUGUCAUGUUUAUGACAACUCAGAUUUGGAAUAUGAAAGGUAAGUUUUCAUUAUUUAUUUGCAACAUUAUUUUAAAUCUACAUUACAAGAUUUUGUAUGCAUUAUAAAAAGUUAACAGCCAUAAUGACAAAGGACUUGCAAUGACAAUACCUUUAAGAAUAACCUUCAUGUUCAAGUGAAAUCUAAGUUUUGAAUUUACUCUUUCUUAGCGGACCCUGAAAUGAUAGAACGCAUCCGUGCCAAGUUGUCAAACAUUACCCGCCCUCCUUCACCUCCUAAAGUUUGUAAAAGCCAACCCCCAUUGAGGCCAGACUUGGUUAAAGAUUUGGAGACAAUGGUCAGACUUGAAAAGGGGGACUUUCCACAUAUCACACGAUUGAUUUCUGAUGUUGCCAAGGGACAAGUCUCCUUAGAAAAAGGAAUUCAUGAAGUACUUGAUGAUGUAUUGUCAGGCCUCUACUCGUUUUCAAAGGAGGAUAGAUCAAGAACUAGUCACCAAAGUCAGGGAGCUGAGACCUUGCCGUUAAGUGGUGCAGAGCAGGUAGCAGAGACCCCUCAGAAGAAACCUAUAACUGUGAUGGCUCGACAUCCACCGGCACAUACAGAAACAGUUAAGCCUCCACCAACACCCACAGAAGCAGUUAAACCUUCAGUGACAUUUGCAGAAACAGUUAGACCUGGACGGUCAACUUCUCAGGCCGUUAGACCUCCACGGACAUCUACAGGAGCUGUCAGACAUCCAGCAAAACCCGCAGAAGCUGUUGAACGUCCACGAAUAUAUUCAGAGACAGUUGGACAUCCAGAGGCACAGCACGAUGCAGCACAACAAAAGAGCACAGAGCAAAAUCUAACACAGAGCACAGCUAAUGAGGAGCAGCAACCUACACAAGUAUGUACCCAUCAGUUAGAACUUACAGCAUUGGGGGCAAUGCAUUCUGAGUUGCAAACACAAUUAAGCUUUAUUUAUGAAAGGCACGGGUCUUUAGAAAUGUAUUUAAAUAACAUAGUUGGCAAUUAUGAGCUGCAUAAAAAGGAUGUAAUGGAGAGGAUAGAUCAGCAGGGGGAGCAGCUUGGUAGAGUUUUCAACCAGCAACGUCGUAUUGAUGACAUGGCUAAAUCACAGUCCCAGACCAGAAGGCAGAUAGAUAACCUGUCAAAAGAUUUGGACAAGGUGGAUAAAGAGCUCAAAAAGUCAAACAGUCGUUGGGAGGACAAUCUGGUCAACAUAAAUACCGCUCAAAGCAAGUCGGACAGAGACAUCAGUUUAUUAAAGCUGGAAUACGCAAAUGCUGACAAAAAACUGAAUUCAUUUGUAGCCGAUAAAUCAAAGAUUGAGAAGCAGCAUUCUGAAAAACUGAAUGGUGUUGAGGCCUCUCUCAAAGGGUGCUGUAGUAAGCAGUCAAACAUGGAAAAGGGUUUUGAAGGCAUGCAAGCUAAGAUUUCAGAAUUAGAUGGUCAGCUUAAGAGGAGCAGAUCCAGUGCUGAAAAGAAUAUAAGCAAAAUAUUUCAAUCCCAAACAGAUUUGGAUAAAAAGCUUGAGACCAUGUCCAAGGAAAACUCAGGCUGUAGCAGGUUACUGAAAGAACUUACAAAAGAUUUUUCCAUCUACAAGAGUCUAGUAGAUGGUUUGAUUUCCAGGGAAGUGCCUUCAGAAACAAUUGAAGAACUUAUCGGACAGUUUCAGUCGUUGAAAGAUUUACGCCCAGUUUCUAUGCCUGAUCAAGAAACCAAGGAUACCAUGGAAAAUUUAUCCAGGAUGCAGAGCACAUUAGAAUCGUCUUUGGGUGCAUUGAAUGAACAUGUGACAAAGCUGAAAAAAGAAGUGAGCAGCGUUUCACAGGUUCAUUUGUCUGGCUUCACCAGGUUCUCUCAGCGGCUUAAUCAAAUAGAGCAAACAGCCAGGGCGAUGAGCACCAAAUUUGAGACCAAAUGUUCAAAGUUGGAAUGUUCUCAUGAACAGCAGAAUGAGAAUAUCUUAUCCCUGAGGAGCAAGAUUCUUUCAGUUUCUCAGACUCUUGAAACGCAGACUGCCAUGAGCAAAGACAUGAAAUCUUGCAUUGAAAUGGCCUUGGAGAAAUGUGAAAGCAAUGAAUCUAGUAACGGGCAUUUGUCUGGCAUGAUCAAGUCAAUUAAAGAUAUGCUCCAGGGCUUAUCAGAGGCAAUGAACACGUUGAGACAGGAUCUGGUUCUACUGGCCGGGAGAACUGAGGACACAGAGAUGCUGCACAAGGAGCUAGUGAGUGUCAUGGACACAACCAAUGUCAGUGUUCACAAUCUUGAAGACAAAGUGAUGGAAAGUGAUGGCAUCCUCAAGGAAUUGUGGGCCAGUUUUUCUUGUAUGUCUGGUGAAAUACAUGAAAUUGGUGCCAUGUUUCGAGAAGGCCCCAAAGAUAGAGACUCUGGUAUCAUGCAGCAGCAUGAUGAUGUCAAACCAGUGACCAAAGAAGAUGACACAACAGUUGAAGUUGGUAUAAAGGAAGAGAGUGGCACACAAGAUGGCAGCCUGCAGCUUGGUGAUGGUCAAACGGAUGAACAAGCUGCACAAGUGGAUACUAGAUUGGAGAUGGAGGGUUUGACAGAUGUAGAAGCUGAAGUGGUUAGAGAUAUUUCUUUACAAACAGAGCCUACCGAUACCACACAGUUAACUACAACCGAUGAAACAUCACAGUUAACUGCAGAGGAUGAUUAAAUCAUUUAUACUUUGAUUGCUGUAAAUUUGAGUGUCAAAGCAUUGUGUUAAAGAAUUUUUAUCAUAAGUUUCUUUAUAGCUGUUUUUAACAUACAAGUGAUGAGGAUUGUAAUAUUUCACCAAGGUAUUAUUUCAUCAGUUACAUCAGUUUUGUUUGAUGUUUACUCUUUGAAUUAACUUUGAAUGCUAUUAUAUAACUCUUUAAGAUAACAUAAUUAGGCUUUUUUUUUUUUUUUAAAUAUAUUUUCUUGCAGGCAAAGUAAUAUUACAUUGAUUACUUACCUUGUUAUUAUUUUACUAACUAUGAUUUAACAUACAAUUUACUAAGAGUGUGGAUGCAGAGGGCUAUGAAUUUUGUUUGGAAAUUUGGGUGAGCAAUUUAAAGGAAAUCAGAGGACAGACAAAGUAACUGCUGCUUACCUUAUAGUUGAAGAUUCAGGAUUAUAAGUAUAACAGAUGUGAAAAAGCAUAGCAGGCAAAUAGUCUGGUUGCACUUCUUUUAAAUGAAAAUAUUUUAUUUAUACCUUUAUCCAUUUGGGCUCAAAAGUAAUUGUAGUAGCUUUACUUAUUCCAUACAGGUUGUUGACCCUUACAGAUGAAUUUUUAAAAAAAAAUUUUUUUUAAAUUUUACUGUUUCUAAUCCACUUGAUAUAACAUUGUUAGUUUUAUAUCCUAAUCCAUUAAAAAUUGUAUGAUUUUGUUCAUAUAAUGUUCAUUUUCCCCUACAAUCAAAUACAGGGACGAUCUUAAUAUUAUGCACAAUUUUUUAAUUUUUAAAAUGCAAUAAUAUAUGGAUGGCUAUGUAGAUUUACUUCUCUGGAGAUAUUGCAGGAAGCAAUUUACCUCAGUAACCAUAACAUUGUAAUAGUGUAAUCUAGUUUAUUGUGGAUCAUAUGAUUAUAAAAUGUGUCACUGCUCUUGAUAUCAUAAUGCAUGAUACAGCUAUUGGCAGUAUUUAUUUUUAACUUAUUUAUUUUCUUAAUGUAAAUGACAUGUCCAUAAGAUUGCUCAUAUGAUUGUUAUAUAAUUGAAAUAGUGUCAAGUGCUGUGGUUAAAUUUUUUGGAUACAGUACACUGCAGGGAUGGGGCGAAUACUCUAGUGGUGUGCAGGCCUCUACCUUCCUUAAACUCUAGUGCACAUUCUUAAAUGUUCAAUCUCCCUUUCUCUAUCAGUUUUUAACUGGUGAACCAAAUCAGAAACCUCAAAUAGAGCCAGAGGAUGAGCAGGAAAAGUGUGCACAGAUGGAUAAUCAAGGAUCUCCUGUGAAUCUGGAAGAUGGUAAGUCCAGUACAAAUUAUUCAGUUGUUUUGGUCAUUUACUUGUUCUGGUUAUAGAUCAUUCAACCACCUGUGCAUAACUUUAGAUAAGGUUCUUUUAGUGAUGCAAACGAAUGGACAUUUGGGUUUGCCGCUUUGUAAAAAUCAUUUUCCUCAUUUUAUAUUUUAAAAAAAGUAACUUCUUUUUUUUUCAAUUUUAAACUCGGUCAAUUUUAAUGUUGGACAGUUUUUAAAGUAUUUUUCACAUACAAAAUCAGCCAGCAAGUUUUUUUUUAGUUUAGGACAGAAUAUUCUUGAUUUUUUAAAAAAAUAAGUUAAAUCACAGUACAAUAAUUCUUAAGUUGUUUUACUUAUUGACUGCUUGAAUAGUUUGUUGAGCAUGAUUAACGUAUUGAAAGUUUUAAAUUUUUACCCAACAAGCAAUAUUUUGGAAUCCUCAGGCCUGGAGUAUAAGUCAUCCCAAGAUGAGGAUCCCAUAUUGGCCCAAAUAACUCAAGACCUGACAUCUCUUCUAUCUGGUACUGACUGAGUUUUCACGACAGAUAUUUUACAAACCAUAAGAUGCAUGUAUAUUUUUAUUUUGUUUUAAAAAUAUACAAAUACAUGUGGUGCAUCUUUUAAGCUAACCUGUUAGUAAUUUUUAAAAAUCAAAAUUUAUUUUAUGUCUUCUGGUUGGCAUUGGUUAAAACAUGAACCUGUAAAUACAUUUGAUAUCGCCUUAUGUUAAUGGACUUUCAAUUUGACUAUUAUUGAGAUGGUGUAUAAAUUUGUUGUACAUAGUAAUAGAAACCAC